AUGCGUAAACUUACGAGCUUCUUCUGUUUGUUGGCUGUCGCCCUAGUGAACACGGAAUCCGAGGUGGCACCCGACAACUCGUACUCGGCAUGGACUUACUUUCACUUCCUGAAUGAUUGGGCCAAGGAGACAGUGGAACCCGAUGAAUCUCUCGACGAUGACAUUGAUCUCCAGACCGAGGAGGCCAAUGACACCGAGGUCAUCUCCCCUUCGGAAGGACACAGGAUUGCGGGUGGAUAUGAAACGAAUAUAAGAAACCAUCCCUACCAGGUUUCUGUGCGGAAACGUUUACUUCGUAAAUCAAGCUAUUGUAGCGGCUCCAUCAUCAGCAAAAACUGGAUAUUGACUGCUGCUCACUGCACGAUGGGGUGA